GCUGGCAGUGAGUUAUAGCCCCUGGAGGAAGGUAUAAAUUCAGACGCAGGGAGCAGGGCUGUUGAGCAACAUCCUGGCCUUGAUUUAAUACACUGCUCCAGGCAAUACACUGGUGUGCGAGCAAACACAGGAUUGGAAAGAAAGAUCUCUGCCCCUUACAGCAAACAGAGGGAGUAUCAAGGAAUUCAUUCCGCAGCUAAAAGACUAUGACCUCUUUUCUUAGGAAGACAGCAACUUUGCACGCACAAGCAUGAGAGCCAGGCGGCUGAUCUCCGUGACCCACCUGCCUACGAUCAGCGAGACAGGGGAGAUGCUGUUUUUGGGAGGGAGCCACGCGCAGGCCAACGAGCCCCUGGCCGGGCUGGAUGAGUACGUUCAGUCCAUUAGCCAGCUGGCCCAGCCAUCCUUGCUGUCCAGCGGGCUCCCAUGUCCUUGCCAGAGCAGCCAGAACAAGCCUCACAAGCCCCAGAGGGCACGGGCAAAAGUGGCCCGGAGCGGGGUCGCACUCCCCAGCCCUGAGAAAGUGCAGGGCAAUGCAGCGUCACUGCAGGACAUCACAGCCCAGUUCAACCAGCAGCACAGCCCCUUGGGGCUCACCGGCAGCGCUGACCCUCUAGCCUGGCUCUUUGGACUCUCAGAAGCAAAGGAGCGUAGCCCGGGACUGCGGAGAUGAGCGAGUCCUGCUCCCUGCUCCUCCCAGACGGCCACCAACACAGGCUGCCCAGCAGCCCUCCAGCAGACGGCCUGGGGGAACCUCAGUGCCACCAGCAGCUCAGCCCAGAAACUGAGCGGCCCAGCCCCACCUCUGGAGCGGAGAUGCCGCUGGCAGCGAUCACGCAGACGGCCAGCUCUUCCCAGCUGUGUGGUAUGGGGCAGGCCCAGCAGGGCCCAGAGCACCCGCCUACCUGUCAUCUAUGAAUUGUGAUGGACUCUAAUAAAACUCACUUGUAAAUGGUGCUCCAUGCGGCUGUUCUCUGGGGGUCACUGCCUGGGCACCCAGCCCCAGGGCCUGCCUGGAUUGUAUAGACACACUCCGCUCAGUGAACAGCACCCCACACCUCUUACCAGCCCCACAUCUCUCUGGCUAGGGGCCCGGGCCUACCCAGUAGCCCGGCUCUGCCAAGGGUCUCCUCACAGCAGACAAGCACUCACAGGGCAGAGCACAGGGUGCAGACAGUGCUUUCCAGGCGGGUAGGAGGAUGUUGCCCUGAGUGACGGGCACACAAGCCAGCUGGAGCCCUGGACGGGCAUGAUCCUGGAUCAGUCCAGCUUUGUGUUGGGGGCUCCCGUGCUUCCUGGCUCAAUAAAGGGAUUAAGUGGAGCGCAGCGCUCAGCAACUACCACUGUGCAUCUCUGUCCUGACACUGCACCGUUGUCCUGACCCCCUGGCCCCACUCUGCCCUGACACUGCACUGCCCCCCUGGUCCCUCAUCCCCCCCUCUGCCCUGACACUGCACUGCUGCCAUGGGUCCCCCUGGCCUCCCACUGCACUGCUUUCCCCCACCCCGCCCUGACACUGCACUGCCGCCCUGGGUCCCCCUGGCUUCCCACUGCACCGCUUUCCCCCACCCCGCCCUGACACUGCACUUCCGCCCUGGGUCCCCCUGGCCUCCUACUGCACCGCUUUCCCCCACCCCGCCCUGACACUGUACUUCCGCCCUGGGUCCCCCCAGCCUCCUUCUGCCGUAACACUGAACUAUCCCCCACAGCCGCCUCACCCGCCCUGACUUUGCACUGCCACCCUGGGUCCCCUCGGCCUCCUUCUACCCUGAUACUGCACCAGCCCCCCCCAAACAUCCUCGCUGCACUGACACAACACCACCGCUCUGGCGCCCUCUCUGCUCUGAAACUGCACUGCCACCCUGGCCCCGCUCGCACCCUCUCUGCCCCAUGCUGGAAGGUGACAUGUCGAUUGCAAUCUCCCCUGCUGAUGAGGUUAGUGAUCUGCUGUUCCCAUGGGGUCCUGCUUCCCAGUGGGGAGCAGGGAGGGGGGUGAUGGGGCAACCCGGCAGCCAGCUGCCCUGCUCUGGUGCACUGGAGUCCUGCAUGCACACAUGUAUGUGAGGUCACGUUACCAGCUAUGGCUGGCCCCACAGAGGGGAGAGGACAGUGCAGCCAGAGCUCCAAUGGCCAAAGCCUGACUUAAGAACAGAAACGGGCGAGCUGGGCUGGGGAACGAGCGACUCCCUUCCGGCCAGCUCUGUCUGCAGUGCGCAUCAUCACACGGGGCGCACGCGCAUGUCACGUCGGGCAGCGUGUUGCAUGUUAGCAGCACUGGCACGCUCCCACUCCACCAGAGGCAGCCCUGGGCAGCGAGCAGCCCGGCCAGAGGGGAAACUUUGCCCACUAAGGUAAAGCUUGUCUGGGCAGGUGCCAGAACUGCCUCGGCUCCUGCUCAGCACAGCGCCAUGGGGACUAAGGCCUGUCCCAAACUGCCCCCUUCCAGAUCCAGGCCCACUGCUGCGACUAGCCCCCGGGUACAAACCCAGAGAGCUGGGGACACUAAUCCAGCCCCAGACACUGCUCCGCUGGGGAGGGGCAAGAGAGACCCUUCCCCCCGCCCCCCGCACCGGCCUGAGAGUAACUAUGACCGCAAGGCGCCCAGGGUUUGCAGGCACCUUCGGACUGGAAGCACCAGGCCACAGGCCCUGCAGUGACGAGACCAGGA